AUGAAUACUUCUUCUUCAUGUUUAAAUCAAUUCAAUUGGAUUUCAAAUUAUGGACCAUCAUUUAUUGUACCAGCAUCCAAUUGUGAUGUACUUUACGAACCAUGCGAUUUUUUUAAAGAAUUAAAUAAAACAUUUUCUAAUGCUAAAAAACGUAUUUACAUCUCGUCACUUUAUUUUGGUACUGAUCCAUAUGAAUAUGAAUUAAUUGAUUCAAUUCGAUCAGCACUUGAUAAAGAUCCAUCUGUUCGUUUAGUUGUAUUACUUGAUUAUUUACGUGGUAGUCGUAUAGAUAAUCAUCAAGAAAAAACAACUUCAAAAUCAAUGUUUCUUCCGUUAAUUCAAAAAUAUUCAUCUCAAGUUGAUUUCUAUCUUUUUCAUACUCCAUUACUUCAUGGUUUUCUACGUAAAAUCAUCCCAAAUCGAUUUAAUGAAUCAUGGGGUGUACAACAUAUGAAGAUUUACAUGGCUGAUAAUACAUUAAUUAUAAGUGGUGCAAAUUUGAAUAAAAGUUAUUUCGAUAAUCGACAAGAUCGUUAUUUAAAAUUAAAUAAUUGUCCUGAUUUAUGCAAAUUUUUCAUUGACAUUAUCGAAACAAUCGCAAAACAAUCAUUUAAAGUUGAAGCUAAUCAUGAUGAACCAAUCUUCUUAGGUAAACAUCAUCCAUACGAAGGUGACAAUGCACAAUAUCGUCUUGAAGUUGAAAAGAAUCUCUUAUCAUUAAUGAAAACAUAUCAAAUACGUUUUCCAAAACCGAAAUCAUUAUCAAAUGAUCAAGCACUUAUUAUUCCAUUAAUACAAAUGGGAAUGUUUAAUAUCAAUAAUGAUCGCGAUUUUAAUAUACAUCUAUAUUCAAAUUUACCCAUAGAGUCAAAACUUUAUCUUGCUACAUCAUAUUUUAAUAUGACAAAAGAAUAUGAAAAUGAAAUAAUUGAUAAUAAACGAAAAGAUACUGAGAUUUCUCUAUUAACAGCAUCACCACAAGCGAAUGGAUUUUAUGGUAGCCGUGGUAUAAGUCGUUUUGUACCAAUUGGUUAUAGUGAGAAUGAACGUGAAUUUAUUGACAGAGCAGAAAAAAAAUGUUCAAAUGAUAAACAAAUUCAAAUGUUUGAAUAUUUUCGUUCGCAAUGGACAUAUCAUGCAAAAGGUUUAUGGUUAUAUGAAAAAGAUAAAGAAUAUCCUGUAUUAACUUGUAUUGGAUCACCGAAUUUUGGUGCACGAUCAAUUCAACGUGAUCUUGAAGCUCAAUUAGCUAUUAUAACGGAUAAUCAAGAAUUACGUAAAAAAUUUCAUCAUGAAUGUAAACGACUUUUUCAGAAUGGUACACAUGUAACAAGUGAAACAUUUAAACAAUCAUCGCGUAUUGCACCAGUUUGGGGACCGUUAUUUAUGAGAAUUUUUCGAAAUUUUUUCUAA